AUGACGAGCGCCCCGAAGAUGAAGCAGCAAGCGCUCAGCGAGCAGCUCGCCCGCCCGCGGGAGGACCCUGGGACGUUUGAAGGCAUUACCAAGAUCCCCACAGUAGCAGCCGACUCGGUCGGCCCGAGAGCAAAAGACAAGGUCGUCAUCAUCACAGGCGUCAAUUCCCCGACGGGCAUUGGCCGGGCCGCGGCCCACCAGUUCGCCCGCAAUGGUGCACAGGCAGUCUACCUGUGCGACUACAAGGAUGAGUUCCUAAGCGUGCACAAGCGGGAGAUCAACCAACUCUAUCCGGAUGUCGACGUCCAAGUCCGCUGCUUCGACGCCGCCGACGAGGCCGCCGUCAAGUCCGUGGUCGAGGACGCCCUGCAGCGCCACGGCCGCCUCGACAUCAUGUUUGCCAACGCCGGCAUCGUCGGCAGCACCAAGCCCUUCUACGACUGCACCGGCGACGACUUCAUGAAAGCCAUGCGCACAAAUGCCCUGGGCGUCUUCCUCGCUACCAAGUACGCCGCCAAAGCCAUGCUGGUCACCUCCGCCCAGAAGCCCUACCCGGCUGGCUCCAUCCUGGGGACCGCCUCAGUUGCGGGCCUGCGCUCCAACGCGGGCGGGACCGACUACAGCGCGAGCAAGGCCGCCGUCGUGUCCAUCAUGCAAACGGCCGCCUACCAGCUCGCCGGGACGGGCGUCCGCUGCAACGCCAUCUGCCCGGGCGUCAUCGAGACGGGCAUGACCAAAGGCAUGUACGACGCCGCCCGCGCCCGCGGCACCGAGCGCAAGAUCGGCCAGCUCAACCCCCUGCGCCGCGGCGCCGUGGCCGACGAGGUCGCCCGCGUCGCCCUCUUCCUCGCCAGCGACGAGGCCAGCUACGUCAACGGUCAGGCCUGGGCCGUCUGCGGCGGCCUGAGCGCCGGCCAUCCGUUCGUGCCCGGCAAGCUGGCGUGA